CAUCAUUCGCCACUUGGGUAACUUGCUCUUCAAAAUAUACUCAACUCCUUCUCCACUCCUGCCACCAUGACUCGUUACUUCUGCUGUGGAAACUACUUCCCAGGGUAUCCUUGCUAUGGAACCAACUUCCACGGGACCUUCAGAGACACCCCCUUGAACUGCGUCGUGCCCCUGGGCUCUCCCCUGAACUAUGGUUACGGUUGCAGUGGCUAUAGCUCCCUGGGCAACAUCAAUGGGCUGGGGUGCUGCUAUGGCAGCAGCUUUCUGAGGCCUUGGGGCUCCGGCUCUGGCUUCGGCUACAGCACUUACUGAUGGAUCGAUGACUCCAGGCAACUGCAAGACUCUCAAUCAAUUCUCUGUGCACAGAACCAUUUGAAGAACAAUGACUGUCUUCCUGCCUCCAGAUGUGCUUAGGUGAAACAUCUUCCAUCUUCUUGGUGAUGUCUUUCUUCCCAAGGUCCUCAUCUCUGAUGACGCUGAACAAACCAUCUAGGUGUCAAAUGUUAAACUGAUGCUCAUCUACAGACAAAGAAAGCACGAUGUAUUUCUCUGACAUCCCUGAAUUUUAGCAAUGAAGCAAGUAGUUUGUGUCUUGUAGUUGCUUUGCUCAUGUAUUAUUAAAUUCUACAUCAACAUCAACGUAUUACAAUUGGACGUGGGUAGGAAGGUGUUUUGCUGUUAGUCUCUUAAUAAAUCUAUUUCAUUCAGCACAAA